AUGUCCCCCGACCCCAUACCCCUUCCAUCCGACCCUAUCUGGGGUUCCGCUCCUCCACCCUAUCGGUCCACCCAAUCCUACUCCUACUCCCUCCUGCUUUUCCGACCUGCUUGGUUGGCCAUCCUCCAUUCCCCUGUUCCUCUGCUCCUCGUUCCCCCAUUCCUCUGUUCCCCCGUUCCCCCGUUCCCCGUUCCCCCGUUCCCCCGUUCCCCCGUUCCCCCGUUCCCCCGUUCCCCCGUUCCCCGUUCCCCCCGUUCCCCGUUCCCCCGUUCCCCCGUUCCCCCGUUCCCCCGUUCCCCCGUUCCCCCGUUCCCCCGUUCCCCCUCCCCCGUUCCCCCGUUCCCCCGUUCCCCGUUCCCCCGUUCCCCCGUUCCCCCGUUCCCCCGUUCCCCCGUUCCCCCGUUCCCCCGUUCCCCCAUUCCCCCCGUUCCCCCAUUCCCCCGUCCCCUCCGCUCAUCCAACUUCCCGUGUGUCAGAACUAGACCCCACACUCUCACAUCAUCCCCUCCAUUCCGCUCUGCUUCAGACUUCAUUCAAGCAGUUCCCUCCGCUCCGCUUUUACUGUUGGUUCCGACCACAGUAGUCUCCCGCUUCCCUCCUGUCGGGCAGAACAACCCCCGCCUGACUUUCCCGCACUCACCUAGUAGUCCGUCGGUCCUCCUUCAGAGGACCCCGUUCCAACGUCCUGUCGGAACCCAUAGAAUUUGUGUCGGACUACAUUCCGAAAUUAGGGGCACGUACUUCGGUGUCUCAUCACCUCCCACGUCUGAGGCACCUAAUAGCUCUCCCAUUUUGAAGAGUAACUCUUCCAGCUUAAGAGCUAGUCCCCCAGUGACCCCAAAUAAACAUAUUAGUGUUCAGCCUUCCACAUCCGAAGUGUCUGCUCCCAUUUUGAAGAGCUAUACCUCUUCAUGCUUGAGGGCUACUUCCCCAGUGACCCCAACCAAACCUAGAGUAUCCACUACUGGAUCACUGCCUCCUGUAUUUGAGGCACCUACUAGCUCUGCUAUACUGAGGAGUAGCUCCCCCAUACCAAGUAGCUCGCCUAUCCUGAGGGGCAACUCUCCCACUGCAAAGGCUCCAUUUCUCUUGACCACCAUGUCCAAUGAGGGUAACCCCAUAGUAGCCCACAGAUAUGGUUCUCACAAGAGGCCAUACCAGUAUAGCAUACUGUCAGGUGAUGAACUUGAUGACUGCAAGAAUGUUCACACAAAGAAAUCCAAGCUGUUUACAUCAAAAUUUAUUUCAACCAGCUGCAUGCUUGAGCUCUCUUGUGUCAGCUGCCGGACUUUCACCGCCAAGAUGGAAUACCAGCGUCUAUGUGCUGAAGAACUAGAACUAAUGAUGUCCCUCAUGAAGGAUGAAAUGGAGGAGUCCCAGGCGCAUCUGACUGAGACCGAUUUACAAAUAGGCUCACUUUGGAACAGCCUCUACGAUGCAGGAGUGGCAGUAAUAGGGAGCAAAGGGAGAAAAGACGCCAAGAAGGAUCUCGGAAAUAGCAGGUUGUUCCCUGGUUGCCGAGACCACAAGGCUGAUGACAGCAGUGACCCUUACCACUCUUCGGUCUCUUCUGGAUGCGAUGGCGGUGUUGAUGACAAGUGGGGGGCAGCUGAGGCGUGA